AUGCCAAAAAACACAUUAUACGUCACCGGCUUUACCAAAGAGUCCAAAGCCGCAGACUUGGCUCCCGACUUCGAAAAAUACGGCGAGCUUGUACGUCUCGACAUUCCUCCGCCCAGAACAGACGACGGAGAAAAGUAUGCGUUCGUUGAAUAUAAGAAUCCAGAAGAUUGCGAGAAAGCCCUUGAACUUGAUGGAAAACAGUUGCCAUAUGCCAUGAAGGAUGGACUCGUAGUUCAACUCGCGCGUUCCGACCCAUAUUCAGCAAGAAGAGGAUACAGAAACGGCCCCAGAUAUAGACGUGGGGGAUACGGAGGACGAGGAGGAGGAGCCGCUCCAGGAUACGGCUAUGGUGGUCCAUAUCCACCUCCAAGAGGUCGCGGCGGCUAUGGCUACCCAGGUUAUGGAUAUGAGAGAGGUGGUUACGGUGGUGGCGGCUACGGUGGCGCAUACCCAGCCCGUCCUGGCCGAGAGCCAUACUAUGGAGGUUACGGUGGACCAUACGGCAGAGAGGCGUACGGAUACCGUGGUUAUGAUGACUACAGAGCUGGUCCAGAUGACAGAGACCCAGGCUACGAUCCCAGAGACAGAUAUCACAAUACCGGCAGAAGGGACGGAAGUGACCGCAACUAUGAGAAUGGAGGUAGACCUGCCGACGCCUACCCCAGAGAGGGGCCACGAGAAGAGGGCCACGAUGGUGAAAGAGGCGAGAGAGGUGACAGAGGUGAUCGCGAGGAGUAUGGCCGGGGCCGUUUUUCGAGGUCGGCGUCACCAAAGAGAGAGCGUUCCAGAUCACGUUCUCCAAGUCGCUAA